AUGUGUCGAAUUCUUAAGAAGCUCAGACACUUUAACAUCUCAGUUGUCAUUUGUGUACAGACAGCAAAGAGUUUAAGUAAGGAUGUAAAGAGAAUACUUACUGAUAUCAUACUUUUCCCUGGAUUGUCCGAAGACGAUUUCAUGGAACUUAUGAAAGAGUCCAUGGCAGGUAAGUUUGACAGACAUGAACUAUGGGAGAAGUACAAAGUCAUACAAGACCCUCAUACUUCUUUCAGAAUUCACAUCUACGCGAACAAAGUUCAAAUUGUAAAAAGUCAAUAA